CAGUGUGCGCAUUGAAACCGUCCUGGACGUAGGUCCUUUUAAAUUUUAUAAUAAACAAUAAUAAAAUUAAUAACAAAGAAAAUAAUAUAUAUCUUAUGAAUAAUUUAAUAAAAAUAAUAUUAUUUUUUUUUAAUUUUCAUAUUAAUUUUAAAUUAUGAGAGUGAUUUAAUUUUUUUUUUUUUAAAUUUUUAUUAUAGUUAAUUGUUAUUUGUUACUUUUUUUUUGAAAAUAAAUAAUUUAAAAUGACAAUCAAGGACAUAAUUUGCUAUUUCAUUUCCGUCCAUAGUGAUAGAAAUUUUAAAAAAAAUUUAUAAAAAUUAAUUUCAGUGUGUAAAAGAAAUUCUUUAGCUCAAGGCUUUCUCAGGUGGAAUUUUCCUUCGGUUUGUUUCUCAAUUGAGGAACUUCAAAGGAUCAAAGACAAUGAAAAUAUUCUAAAUUCUACUCAUACACUCUUCUCUUGUUUUCUCUGUCUCUCUUUUGUCAUUAAUUUGAUGUGUGAUAAUAAUAUUUUUUCAAAAUACUUUAGUUUUUUCUAGAAAAUCUAAUUUAAACUAAUUUUUUUUUCUUUCUAAUUUCGACACUUUUGUCUAAAAAUAUUAAAACAAAGAAACUUAAAAUCUUGAAAAAUAAAUAUUUAAAUGAAACAAAAAAAAAAACCAGUUCAAGGUAAAAUAGUUAAAAAUAUAUUUUUUUCUUCUAAUUAAAAAUUUCAUUUUUUUCUAUUAUAAUUUCAUUCAAACAAACGACUUUUUUUAAAUGAUUAAUUUCAAAGUUAUUGUGGUGAAAAAAUAUAUUGAAAAUAAAUUAAAUAUAACAGUGAUAAUGUUAUUGGGGAAAAUGAAAUGAAUAAUAAUAUUUUAUAAUGAUAAAAAAACAAGAAAUUGUUUCUGUUUUUAUAUGAAUUAAUUAUUUAAGUGUUGUUAAAUAAUAUUAUUGUUGAGAUAUAAUGUGGGAAGAGGGUAAAUCAUCAAGAACACCAGUUGUUGUGUCAUUUCAAGAAGUGGCUAGUUUGUUAAAUCGUGGUAAAGACGAUAAUAAUGCAACUGUGUUAGCUGGAACAUCUGAUGAUAAUAGAAAAUCACAACGUCCCCUUUGGCGUUUCUAUUCAGCUAGAAUGUUAACACAUAGUCAUAGUGAUGGUGAAUUUCCAUUAUAUACACAAGCAAAAAAACAAAAUGGUGCAGCACUGCGGACAAAUAGUUUGGGUUCUGGAACGAGAACACCACCAAUUGAAAAAAAAAGUAAAUUUUCCACAUUUGGUAGACUUUUUAAACCUUGGAAAUGGAAACGGAAAAAGAAAUCUGAAAAAUUUGAAGCUGCAUCACGAUCAUUGGAACGAAAAAUAUCAGUUCGUGCAAAUCGCGAAGAACUUGUACAAAAAGGAAUUCUCCUUCCGGAUAGCCAAAUUUCUACAAUUCCAGAAAAUGGUCCUUUGGGUGAUUCGGAUGUCACUCAGAAACCACCAACGCCCCAACAGCAGCAGCAGCAUCAUCAUCAUCAACAACAAUCUACAGCAAUUCCAGGUAUCACAACAACACUUGGUCAGUGUCAACAAUCAUCAAUUGGUUCACAAAAUUCAACUUCAUCAAAUAAUUCACAUUCUGGAUGUAUUGGACCUACCAGUAAUCAGUCAUCGCCCCAUCCCUCACCCCUCUACCCUGGAAUUCCAUCAUCAAAUCAGCUAAAUGGCAACACUCAAGAGCCGAAAAAAGAAAAGACUGAACAGAAUGCAAAUGGCACGUUAUCGUCGGGUGAUACCGUGUCAAAUCAGGGCAUUGGUCAAACUGGUAGCCAGGGAGUUUGUCAACCUGGUGAUCAGCAAAAGCCAAAUAGACCCAGUACCCUGGAAGCAUCAAGAAUGUUCACCAGGCGGUUGAUUAUGCUUGGAAUGGAAAAAGGAGUCUUGCAACCGACGGCAGAAGAACAGCAGGCUAUUGACAGAUACAUGUCACCAAUGCCACCUCAUAACACACUAAUGCUAUCGGAGCUACCAGAACCACCAAUACCACUUAGUGAAAUUGGACCAAUACCACCACCGCCAAUGUUUAGUUCACCAAGUCCAACAAUGGAUUCACGGCACCAACAAGACCUACCAAUUACAUCACAGCAUAACGAUGAAGACGAUGAGGAUGAAAUUGAUGCUGAAGAUGAUGAUGAUAGCUUAUAUGUUUUUCGAGUAUCUCAACCAGAUCCAGCAAUUGAUACAUCUAGAGUUGAAGAGAUACCAGCAAAAGAGCCAAAAUUUCAUGCUGUGCCAUUAAAAAGUGCAUUGAAGAAAAAAAAUACUGGAAGUGGUCCUGGUACACCUCAAAAUACACCAACACAAGAAAAUAGACCACUAACACUACGACAAGAAUUACAUGCCUCUUUCAAGAGGCCACCAUUGAGGCCUCGGAUCAGAAUAUGUAGUCGACCGGUGAGAUUUGGACUUGCUCUACCAUGUACAUUGGAAAAUAAAGAAAAUGCAAGACCUUAUGUAAUAAGAGAAGAUUCUGAUGGUUCAGAUGAUGGACAAGUACUCUACAGAGAUGAUUAUGAUGACGAAGAAAGUCGAAUGGCUGACAAACUUGCACGAAAAGAAUCGCUUUCACUUAAAUUGGCACUGCGACCUGACAGACAAGAGCUAAUUAAUCGAAAUAUACUUCAAAUACAAUCUGAUAAUGAACGACAAGAAUCAAAAGAAGCCAUUGGUGCAAGGCUCAUCAGACGGCUAAGCAUGCGGCCAACCCAAGAAGAACUUGAAGAGCGCAAUAUUUUAAAAAAACAAAGUCCAGCUGAAGAAAAAAAACAAAAAGAAGAAAAAAAAAGAUACUUGUUAAGAAAGCUUAGUUUUCGGCCAACGGUCGAAGAAUUAAAAGAGAAAAAGAUUAUAAGAUUUAAUGAUUAUAUCGAGGUUACACAAGCACAUGAUUAUGAUAGACGAGCAGACAAACCGUGGACCCGACUAACGCCAAAGGAUAAAGCAGCUAUUAGAAAAGAACUGAAUGAAUUUAAAAGCUCAGAAAUGGCUGUUCAUGAAGAGAGUCGACAUCUUACAAGAUAUCAUAGGCCAUGACAAUCGCAAUGUGUAGAGGUGCUCCAGUGCAGUUCAAUUAAUCUGUCAAAUAUUAUUACGACAGUCACGUGUUAAAAGUAAAAGAAAAAAAAAAUAUUUAAAAUUAAAAAAAUAUAUAUAACAAGAGAUUUUAAUUGAAAAAUUUUUAGAAAAAAAAUAUUUUUUGCAAUAAUUGCAAAAACAAAAAAAUCAUUAGAAAAAAAGAGAAAACAAUUUGGAUGUAAAAUUUUUUGAGAUUAUUUUUUUUGUUCUGUUAUUAUUCAUUUUUUAAAUUGUUUUUUUUUUUUUUUUUCUUUACUCUUGUUAACGUGUAUCCAUAUGCGAAAAUGAGAAUGUGAUAGGGUGGUAAAAUUCGCAUUAUUUUUUAUUUUAAAAUUUAAUUAAAAUUAAAUUGUUAAUAUUAUUAUUUUUACAAAAAAUAAAAUAAUCAUAAUAAAAUUUUGCGAAUCCACCCGCCCAAAUUAUUGUCAAACAUGGC